AUGGCACCUCCCGGCUUCCAGCAUUGGCGCUCUAACAUGCCUCAUGGUCAACCCUUCCAUCCCUGGGGCUGGCACGCACACCGCUUCGGCCGCUUCGGUUUCGGGCGGCGUCUCUUCUGGUUCGGCUUUGGCGCAAUCGCCGCUACGGCGUGGGCCCGUCAUCAUGCAACGCGGAGGAGCAUCGAGGGCAACUAUGAACGUGGAGAAUGGGAUGGAGGCGUGAACGCCGGGUGCCGUCGCGUUGAAUACACCCCGCGUCUGGUCCCUGAAGAGGAGAAACCGAGGCAUUGGGGAUGGGGUCAUCAUGGCUGGCAUCACCAUCGCCGCGAACAGCAGGUUGCGCAAGCAGCGCCUGCUUCUGCACAAGCUGCCGCGCCAAACCCGCCUUCCCCUGCAAGCACAUCGAUCGCCACUGUAGAGCAACAGUGGGAAGAGGAUAUGCGCAACUACUCGCGACAGGCCUCUGAACGUGUAACGGAGAUGUCCGAGGCAACGAUUGACUCUCUCGUCUCCGGCUUACAGGGCCUCAAGACGCGGCUGGCCGAGCGCCGCACUGAGAUGCAAAAGCAGCUCUCCGAUGACGAACGUAAACGUCAAUAG